AUCGUCAGAAGACACUGUGUUUAACCAGAGCAGACCGGUAGAGCGCGAGCCAGACCUCCCAGUGCGCGCGCGCGCGAGCUCAUUCACUCAUUCAGACAUUACACUCGCACCGACUGAGACUCAGUAUGGUGAAAAAGAGCAGGAGCCCUGUGACAUACUCUAAAAUGAAGGGGAUCAUAUCAUACUUUGCUGCUUUAAUCAGAGAGAGAAAACAUGGUUCGACUGACCUGCUACAGAAGAUUGGGACCCGAAUUACAGGCUAUCAGAACAGUACGGAUUCGGAGUGGUUUCUGAGACCAGAAGCCAAUUUAUCUGAUGAGUCUGCAGCAGCUGCACAGUGCUUCCGCAGUACAGAACAGGAGCUGCAAAUAUCUCAGGUUUCGGCAGCAGAUUUUGACUACUUGAAGGUGAUUGGAAUAGGCAGUUUUGGCAAGGUUCUUUUAGCAAAAUAUAAGAAGAACAAUGGAUACUAUGCAGUCAAAGUUUUACAGAAGCACAUCAUCCUGAAGAAAGAAGCGGAAGGAAACAUUAUGUGUGAGCGUAACGUGCUAGCGAAAACUCUGAAUCAUCCGUUCUUGGUGCGGCUUCACUUCAGCUUUCAGACCAAAGAGAGGCUUUGUCUAGUGUUGGACUACGCAAGUGGUGGAGAGCUCUUCUACCACCUCCAAAAAGAACGUGUGUUCAAGGAGCCCAGAGCAAGAUUUUACGCUGCAGAAAUGGCCAGUGCAUUAGGAUACUUACAUUCCCUGCAUAUUAUCUACAGGGACCUGAAGCCAGAGAACAUCUUGCUCGACUCUGAAGGCCACGUGGUCCUAACAGAUUUUGGCUUGUGUAAAGAGGGCAUAGUGGGACGUGCAACCACCAAAACCUUUUGUGGAACUCCUGAAUACUUGGCACCUGAGGUUCUCCAGCAGCAGGAGUAUGACCGUACUGUGGACUGGUGGGGGCUUGGAGCUGUUCUGCAUGAAAUGCUUUAUGGUCUGCCACCCUUCUACAGUGCAGACCACAUAAAGAUGUUAGGCAAUAUAAUUUAUCAACCACUGGUCCUAAAGGCUGGAGUUUCGAAGGCUGGAAGAGAUUUUCUCAAAAGCUUACUCAAUAAAGACAGAUCUAAGAGACUUGGUGCUAAACAUGACAUGGACGAGCUGAAGCGGCAUUCGUUCUUUUCCUCUAUUCAAUGGGAUGACCUUGUGGCAAAGAAAAUCCCACCUCCCUUCGUUCCCUCACUGUCUGGCCCUGAUGACUUGACAAACAUUAACCCUGCAUUCACAAGACUUCCUGUCCCAGAGUUUCUGGGUGUGUGUGAGGAGGCUGGGCUGACCUUCCCUGGCUUCAGCUAUGUGAAUGCAAACAUCUCAUUGAUGUCCACGUAGGUGUUCAGACGUGUGAUCAACGAAGUCAAAUCGAGUCUGCGUCCUGGAAAACUGACCACGAUUAUACCUCACAGAGUGGAUAUGGAUGUUUAC